AUAAAUAAGUGUAAAACUGUUAUAACUAUCACGCUACAUACUAGGUACAGGAAAUAAAAAAAAAGAGAGGCAUUAGUGGCAUACGACACUUGUAAGUUAUUAAUGUCGAGUUAAAACCAAUCGUGGAUCAUUCGAAUGUACCCGUUCGUGACUUUAAGAGUGUGUGACCGACGUGGCUUUUAAAUCGUGUAACUCAACAAUUAUAUUGUAUCACCAACUCAUCCUCAAUAAAUGAUACUAGGAGACUGACAACCCGCCAAAAAAUAAAAAUUAAAAAAUAUCAUUAAGUAGCAAAUAUUCAAUCGUCAAAAAAGCGUGGCAAUGGUGAGAACAAGGGUAGGUAGAAAGUCCAGUGGAGCUGGUAAUACUGAGGAUCGAUACAGUCCUGGACAAGAAAUAAAUACGAAAUUAAAUGCCACCGAUCUUGGAGGAAUGACAAGGGAUCGUCUUAAAGUCGUACUGAGAGAACGUGGUCUACCAGUCUCUGGAAACAAAGCUGACAUGAUAGCUCGAUUAGAGGAGAACAUGGAAGGUAGAACGUUUCGUAGAGGAAAGGAGUCAAGUAAUUCUAAUGGUGCCCAAAAAUUAUUGAAUGACGAUGGGUCAGUUGAAUCGAAGAACAGAGCGAAAUCUGGAACAGACUCGAUGGAUCCAGACAGUUUAACCCUCUGGCAUCGUCCAAUCACAACGUUAAAUUAUUUUAUGAGAGAACUGUUCAUUAAUAUCGUCAGUUUAGCACACAGAAUGCUGCAGUACAAGAAGAUUGUUUGGAGUGGAUUACUUGUUAUCACCGUGUUAGUUGUCUUUAGACAUGUAACAGGGCCUUAUCAACAGCUGUUGAAAGAGUGGGAGAAUAGUCUUCUUUGGUGGCUUUAUUGGGUGGGCCUUGGCGUGUUAUCGAGUGUGGGUUUUGGCACUGGUUUACAUACUUUUGUGCUUUAUCUGGGCCCUCACAUAGCAGCUGUUACGAUAGCUGCUUAUGAGUGUGGUGGGCUUAACUUCCCCGAACCACCGUAUCCUGAUUCCAUCGUCUGCCCAGAUGAGAUUGAUCCGGCUUGGACUGCUGGAAUCCUCAAUAUUAUGAGGAAAGUCAGAGUUGAGGCUAUGCUCUGGGGUGCAGGAACUGCUCUUGGAGAACUUCCACCGUAUUUUAUGGCUAGGGCCGCACGGGAUAGUCGACAGACUGAUAAGAAUCAUGAACAUGAUCAGGAGGACCUGAAGGAGUUAGAGGCACUCGAGGCUUUGGAGAGUGGAGCCAAUGUUCCUCUUCUCAUGAGGCUCAAACUUGCUAUGAAGCACUUCGUGCAGAAGGCUGGAUUCUUGGGGAUCCUUGCCUGCGCCUCGAUUCCAAAUCCACUUUUUGACCUUGCUGGGUUGACUUGUGGUCAUUAUCGCAUUCCAUUCUGGACUUUCUUCGGUGCUACGCUCAUCGGUAAAGCCAUUAUUAAAAUGCAUAUUCAACAGCUGGCUGUGAUAAUAGCAUUCAAUGAAGAAUUGUUGGAUAAGGCUAUUGGACUUUUGGCUGCGAUUCCUUACGUGGGCACCAAAUUUCAGGAGCCGUUUAAGAAAUAUUUAGUUGAGCAGAAAAAUAAAUUACAUAAUUCAUCCUCUAUGGAGGGGACAACAACGAUAGCGUGGCUUUUCGAAAAAUUUGUGAUGCUGAUGAUAUGUUACUUCCUUAUAACAAUAAUUCACGCCCUGGCACGUAAUCAUCAUCGUAGACGUACAAAGCCAUCAAUGGAUUGAGAAUUAGGGAAAUUUUAUUUAAACGCUAAUGCGAUAUGUUGAAGUCUAAAA